CAUUAUUCUUCUACCGAAUUUAAAAUGACGAGUAUGCGGAUCUUGGAAAUCGGUGUUCUGCUGGGUCUUUUGAUCCUUUUUACGCCUAUCGACUGCCAAAAAAGAAUUUUCGACUGUACAGCUAAUGGAACCGACGCAGUUUGUCCUACAGCAUGUCCGGAAACAUGCGAAUUCGAUGGUAAGGGAGGAUGUCCUUACAUUUGCGGAUCUCCCUGUGUUUGCAAGCCAGGAUAUAUAAUUGAUGAAAGAAUCCCUACCUGUGUUCUUCGUUCUGAUUGUCCGAAAGAUGUUAUUCAAAAGAAGGGAGCCAUGUUCGCUAGCUACUUUAAAUGCAUAAGUUUUAAUAGGGUUUGUUAAUUAGAUUAAGUAAGUAAGGAUCAAUUUAAAAAAAGUCUUAAAAAAGAUUAGAGUCUUCAAUUUGUGUGUAGUUAUGGAACUAUGGCUCACCAGGCUAUAUAAUAGUAUUAUUCAACAAGCAACCAUUCUACGAAGAAUAAUUAAAGCAAAAUUUAUAAACAAUUUUAAAAAUUUGCAGGGGGUAUUAUACUUUCACUCAAAAGCUUCCAACUAUUAAGUUUAUAUAUUCCUCUUCUCCGAUCUCCCAAACAUUUCACCUAUAAAAAAAAUGUUUAGUGAAAUAAAAAGCAAUAAGCUACUUAAUCAGUGGAACUAAAAUAGUUUCAGGAGUACUUACAAGAUUCGUUUCAUCAUAUUAGACAUGGUAUAAAUUGGUUGAAUGUACAAAUUGAGACAUCUCUUCCAACCGCAAAGCAAGGGUGUUUUUAAAUAUUAUGUGCAAGUUUGGAAUAUUCCUACUCGUGGGUCUAAUCUUUUGCCCAAUGUUAAAUUGCUACGUUGAGAAAAUCGAUUGCACUAUUAAUGGAACUCAGGAACACUGCCCCACAGCCUGCCCAGAAACUUGUCAAUACAAAGGCAAGGAAAACUGCCUUUUGAUAUGCGGGGGUCCUUGUGUUUGCAAGCCAGGAUAUAUCAUCAACCGGAAGAUUCCUGCCUGCGUUCUGCGCUCUGACUGUCCAAAAAAUGUAAAGCAAGGAGCAAGAGGUCGCAGAAUUUAUAAAUUUGAUUGCUUUAGUGGGGCAAAUACAUGUAGUCAAUUACAAUGGUAAAAACAACGUAGUAAAUCCAAAUAUUUUGACUACUUUCGGAAAAGUUUUAAUAUCUGAAAAUUUAAUCUAAGUUCAAACCAUAUUUAAUUUAA